CGUGCAGUACGGUUGUACGUGACCGAGUAUAAUUUCGCUAUCAUAAGAAGCGAUCGUUCGCGGGGGAGAGCAGUGCUAUAUACCUUCUUUAGUGGCUUGGUGAAAGAGACACGAGUGCGGUCAAACAGAGAAUCAUGGCUGACAGUGGUAUCAAGCGUAAUAUUCCCAUCAAGAUCGGUGACUUCAGCGUGAUCGACACCGAGUUUUCGAACAUACGGGAACGCUUCGACGCCGAGAUGAGAAAGAUGGAGGACGAGAUGUCACGGUUCCGUAGCGAGCUGAUGAAUCGUGAAAGCAACAACUUCUUUAAGAGCACUACUAGUCGACAUCACACGAGCUCCAGCUCCAGCGAACACCGUACGUCGACGACCUCGAAGACCGGAGGUUGGGACAAGGUCGGCUCUGCACCACCGCCAACGCGGUCCGCAUUCGACAGCUUCAAAAGCACCACCACGCAGAGCUCUCAGAACAGCAGUUCUUUGAGCCCUCAGCAUGACUCCGCCUGGUUGGACGGACUCAACAGUCCCCUCAUCCAGGACGAGGGAAACAACAAGAUGCUGAAACUCCGAUUCGAUGUCUCCCAGUACACGCCCGAAGAGAUCGUCGUCAAGACCGUGGACAACAAAUUGCUGGUCCACGCUAAACACGAGGAGAAGACGGAGAGCAAAUCGGUGUACAGAGAGUACAACCGUGAAUUCCUGUUGCCGAAGGGAACCAACCCUGAGAGCAUCAAGUCUUCGUUGAGCAAGGAUGGUGUGCUGACCGUCGAGGCUCCGCUUCCGGCGAUCGGAUCAGGCGAGAAGCUGAUCCCCAUCGCGCAGCAGUAAAAAAAAAAGAAAAACAAAGUAAAACCAAUUAAUCGGACGAACAUGCGAGAAUUAAAUCCCCCCAAAACAUCCCUCGAUAUUCCAUCAUCUGUGCGUCCGUAUCUGAUCGCUGAGAUCGCUCCUUCCUGUCCCCUUCCUGAAAUACCUGUAAGAGUCUACCUUUCUCCCCCUUUAUUUCUUUUCACCUGUUUCCCUCCGAUUCCUUUUGCUGCGUACUUCCAUGUUUCAUUUCCAGUGUUCCCGUCUCCCUCGAUCAUGAAAAUCGGGAUUCUACCCUUUCGAUCCCUACCCGAAAAGAAACGGCAAACGAUCUUGUCCUGCAAAUCGAACGGCGAUUCUCUUUACGAAUGGAUUUUUGGACCAUUUUCUACUUGUUCUUAAGAAUCACAGAUCGUCGACCAGUUGUUUUGUUAUUUUUUACAGCCAAACAAUCUGAUUUUGAUCCGAGGGGUUGAUCGAACGAUAAUCAAAUUUUCAAACGUGAGAGAUGAUGGUUUACGCCGGUGGCCGUAAACGGGGACCGCCUAAUUUUGUAUAAAACUUGAAUGUAUAAAUGUUCGAUAUACAGUGCUUCUCUUUUUCGAAUAGAUAUUUGUCGCUUCGACACUUGUCCGAGAGUACACGCAUUUUUCGUGGUUGUGUCGUCUGACGGUCGAAUCUCGAUCGGUAGGGAAUCAAGUCGCGGGGUCAGUUUACCGACCGUGUGUACCAGUCAUCGUCUAUGGUUCAGGAAAUAAAAAGAAAUGAAAUAAAUAAUUGUAAUCUUUAAGGUCUAAACGACGCGUGGACGUCGUUGUGAUUGUAGGAGAACGAAUGUUUGAUAAAUUAUUCAUCGUUUUUGGUACGAGCAGCUUUUUUGACGCUUUGAUACUUCCUUUUUAGAAGUAACACGAACUUUUUCAGGAACACGCAUUGCCUUUCAAAAUGUAUCUUAGAUGUUGCGCUUCGUGGGGAAACACGAAGGGAAAA